CGCCAUUUCUUUUUUGUGACACUUUAUCUUUGAUAUUUUUUCAUAUUAUUCUUCUUCAAGGUGCCUUGAGCGCUUACUUGCACAAUGGGUACCUUCAAGAAGGAAGCCACUCGUAAAGAGCGGCAGGGGAAGACUGGAGAUGGCAUGGGGAACGUCCGGGUAAAGGGUGAAAACUUUUACAGAGAUGCGAAGAAGUUGAGGACCUUGAAUAUGCUCAAGGAUGGUAAACCCCAACGUAACGCUGAAGGAAAGAUCACCAAGGCUGCUUCGUACCAGUCUCGAGACGCCCCCGUCGCUAGGAUUGAACCCAACCGUAAAUGGUUUGGAAACACCAGAGUGAUCUCGCAAGAGGCUCUGUCCUCUUUCCGUGAGGCGGUCGCUGAGCGUGCCUCUGAUCCGUAUUCCGUCUUACUCAAGACCAACAAGCUUCCCAUGAGCCUGAUCAGAGAUGACAAGGGUGUGAAUGGACUGAAGCAGCACCAGGCCAAGAUGGCCAUCGAGACCAACCCCUUCAGUGACACCUUUGGGCCCAAGGCUCAGAGGAAACGUGUCAAGUUGGGUGUCUCGUCGCUUGCGGAUCUGGCUGGCGAGACCGCCAAGAUGCACGACGCCUUUGUUGAGAAGUCGGACCAUGCUACUUAUGAAGAUGGCACUAUGGUGGUGAAUGGUGAUGAUGUCGCAGUAGAGGAAGACUCUAGUGUUGCACCCAUCGCGAAGGAGGCUGUCUUCCUUAAGGGACAGAGUAAGCGUAUCUGGAACGAGCUCUACAAGGUCAUCGAUUCCUCCGAUGUUGUCAUCCAUCUCCUUGAUGCUCGUGAUCCGGAAGGUACACGGUGCAAGAGUAUUGAGAAGUACAUCCGAGAGGAGGCUCCUCACAAGCACUUGAUUUUCGUCCUGAACAAGUGCGAUCUUGUACCUACAGGUGUGGCGGCUGCUUGGGUUCGCCACCUUUCUAAGGAUUAUCCUACCUUGGCUUUCCAUGCUUCUAUCAACAACUCCUUCGGAAAGGGCUCGUUGAUCCAGCUACUGAGACAAUUUUCUUCUUUGCACUCGGACCGGAAGCAGAUCUCCGUGGGAUUCAUUGGAUACCCCAACACUGGAAAGUCUUCCGUCAUCAACACCUUGCGCAAGAAGAAGGUGUGCACUGUGGCUCCUAUCCCGGGUGAAACCAAGGUGUGGCAGUACGUUACCUUGAUGAAGAGGAUCUACCUCAUCGAUUGCCCUGGUGUUGUUCCUCCAAACCCGAAUGACUCUCCUGAGGAUAUUCUUCUCCGUGGUGUCGUCCGUGUGGAGAACGUAGAGAACCCUGAGCAGUACAUUCCAGCUAUUCUCAAGCGUGUUCAGCCCAAGCAUUUGGAGCGUACCUAUGGUAUCAAGCGCACUGACGACCCCAUCGAGUUCCUCAGUCUCCUUGCCCGCAAGGGUGGUCGCCUCCUACGUGGUGGAGAGCCUGAUCUCGACGGUGUUGCCAAGAUGGUCAUCAACGAUUUCCUCCGUGGAAAGAUCCCUUGGUUCACUGCUCCCCCUCACAACUCUGGCGAGGAGGGCGAGAAGAUUGAAGGUCGUGAAGGUCGCCUCGGUGAAAUGAGCCGCAAGCGGAAGCUUGAUGAGACCGCUCCUGAGGCUGCUGAUACCACUGAAGCGGCUGAGAAGCAAGAGUCUGGCUCGGGAGAUGAGUUCGAGGGCUUUGACGAGGAGGAUGAUGAUAACGACUCGAUCGCCAAUCUCGAGGUUAGCGACGAGGAAAGCGGAGCAGAGGAAGAUUAA